AUGAUAUCAUCACUACUGCUACAAUCAAAUGGACAUUAUUGCUUUGUGCUAUUUCUAACCAUCUGUUUCAUAACAUCUGGACAUUUCCUGUCCACCACCACCAGCACCGCCACCAUCGCAACCACAACCACUACUACUACUACUACUACUACUACUGCUAUCUAUCAUCACAAUCAUUCCAGUUAUCGACACAAACAAUUGCAACUGCAACUGCAACAACUGCAGCAGCAGCAUCAUUUACCAAUCAUUGUACCCGCGAUAUCACGAUCACGUCAACACGCCAUUACUCGUCGUGCUAUUCAGUCACAACAUCAGCAUUUAUCAUUUACUAAUGAUUAUCAUUCUACUACUCCAACUCUUAAGCUCGUCAAGAAAAUCAAUCUGUUACAAAUUGAUGAAGAAUUGAAAGCUUUAAAAAGGAAACGGAAACGUUUACGGCAAUUGCGCGAAGAAGUGCGUGAAUUAAGUGAACAUCUUAAAAACAAACGUACUAGUGGUAAAACGAGUAGCAUUGAUUUAUUGGAGAAGCGUAAAAUGAAAGAAAACCAUAUUCGAUGGCGAAAACAAAUAACCACACGUGUGAAAGCGAUUAUGAAACGCUUGAAAAGAUUGGAAAAUGAGGGGAGGAAAAAAUUGGCUAAGCAUUUACAAAUAUCAUCGUUGAAUUUUGAUGAACUACAAUCAUCACCUCAUACAUUACUAAUUACAGAGAAUAAAAAUUUCAAGAUUAAGCGGCUUCAUUCAUUUAUUAAUCAAUCAAAAAACGGUGAAUCCGGUGGAAUUUGUCUUGGUCAUAAUGAUUGCAAACCAGGCUUAUGUUGUCACCGCUUCUCAACAAUGGAUGCAAAUUCAUCGAUAACAUCAACAGUUAACAUAUGUUAUCAGUAUAUGUUAAAAGAAGGUGAAUUUUGCGAAGAUUCAUGCCAGUGUGAAGCACGAUUGAAUUGCUUUCAAAAUUCCAAUCAAUUAAAAGAUGAUAAGCAUAAUUUGUAUGCAAUUUGCAAGAAAGUUUCCACCAGUGAUAUUGUUAAUGGAAUAUAUUUGAAUGCGAAAGAUUCAUCAUUUCAUAUAAAGCCAACAGUACAUCAACAAUAA